UCAUUUAAAUAAUCUAGCGAAGCUUUGAGGAGCACAGCCUAGCUCUUGAGCCAGCGGGCUGCGGCGGCGAACAGCAAAGUGACUAUAUUUGUGAAAUAAAAACAACAGCAAAAAAAAUCAUACUAGAAGCAUAGAAUACGGUGCCAAGCAAACAAAGGCGAGAAAGCAGACCUACCAGAUUGGAAAGAAACUGCAACCCAGCCUGCGAGCCAAAAUGGAGGAAAUAGUGAUAGCAGGAAUUGCAGGAAGACUGCCAGAAUCAGACAACCUGCAAGAAUUUUGGGAUAAUCUCAUCAAUGGCAUUGACAUGGUAACAGAUGAUGAUAGACGAUGGAAGCCAGGAUUAUAUGGGCUCCCUCACCGAAGUGGCAAGUUGAAGGACAUCAGCAAGUUUGAUGCAUCCUUCUUUGGUGUCCACCCCAAGCAAGCGCACACAAUGGACCCCCAGCUUCGCAUCAUAUUGGAGACUACGUAUGAGGCAAUUGUAGAUGGAGGUAUAAACCCCACGUCCCUGCGAGGUACCAAUACUGGGGUGUGGAUUGGAGUGAGUGGCUCUGAGGCAGCUGAGGCCUUCAGUAGAGACCCAGAAGAAUUGCUGGGGUACAGCAUGACUGGCUGUCAGCAUGCCAUGUUUGCAAACAGGAUCUCCUACUUCUUCGAUUUGAAAGGUCCCAGCUCUUCCAUCGAUACUGCCUGCUCAUCCAGCUUGCUUGCCCUGGAAAAUGCCUUCCAGGCAAUUCGACAUGGUCAGUGUGAUUCUGCCAUCGUAGGAGGAGUCAACCUCUUGCUGAAACCCAAUACAUCAGUCCAGUUUAUGAAGCUGGGUAUGCUCAGUCCCGAUGGGUCUUGCAAGUCCUUUGAUGCCUCAGGUAAUGGUUACUGUCGGUCUGAAGCAUCUGUGGUUGUUCUUUUGAUGAAGAAAUCAGCAGCCAAACGAGUUUAUGCGACAUUGGUUAAUGCAGGAAGCAACACUGAUGGGUAUAAGGAACAAGGUGUAACAUUCCCCUCUGGAGAAAUGCAGCAGAGAUUAAUGAAGGCUGUGUACGAGGAAGCAGGCAUCUCUCCAGCUGCUGUCGAAUAUGUUGAAGCCCAUGGCACAGGAACCAAGGUUGGAGACCCACAGGAACUGAAUGGCAUUGUGAAUGUCUUCUGCCAAUUUGAUCGCAAGCCUUUGCUGUUGGGAUCGACCAAGUCCAACAUGGGGCACCCAGAGCCUGCAUCAGGACUGGCUGCAUUAGCAAAGGUUAUAUUAUCUCUGGAACACGGUUUAUGGGCUCCCAACAUUCACUACAAAACCCCCAACCCUGAUGUUCCGGCUUUGCAGAAUGGAUUACUCAAAGUAAUAACUGAACCUAUUCCAGUGACUGGUGGAAUCGUAGGAGUGAACUCAUUUGGAUUUGGAGGUUCCAAUGUUCAUGUCAUUUUGCGUCCUAAUGCAAAGAGAGUCCGUCCUUCAGAACCACUGGCUCUGCCUCGUUUGCUCCAAGCAUGUGGCCGGACACCUGAAGCUGUUGAGACUCUGCUUGAGCAAGCCGGGCAGCACAGUAACGAUGCCAAUCUGCUGACUCUGCUCAACGAUAUUUCAAAAAUGCCCACUGCUGCGAUGCCGUACAGGGGCUACAUGCUAGUUGGAGGUGAAACAGACGCUAAAGAAGUCCAGCAGGUCCAGUCCUCUGGAAGACCUUUGUGGUAUAUUUGUUCAGGUAUGGGUGCCCAGUGGAUUGGAAUGGGUCGUAUUCUCAUGAAGUUGGAUAUAUUCCAUGAAUCCAUUCUGCGUUCCGACAAAGCACUAGAAAAGACAGGAUUGAAAGUAUCCAAACUCCUUAUGAGUACCGAUGAUACAACAUUUGAUGACACCGUGCAUGCCUUUGUAGCCCUUGCUGCCAUUCAAGUUGCUCAGAUAGACAUGUUGAAUGCUAUGGGUCUGCAGCCAGUUGGGAUCGUUGGCCACUCCGUGGGUGAACUGGCCUGCGGAUAUGCUGAUAAUUCGCUGACACACGAGGAGGUUAUAUUGGCAGCGUAUUGGAGAGGGCGAUGUAUUAAGGAAGCUAAACUACCACCAGGGGCUAUGGCUGCUGUUGGGUUGACCUGGGAGGAAUGCAAGGCACAGUGUCCUGAAGGAGUGGUUCCAGCUUGUCACAAUGCAGAGGAUACUGUCACCAUCUCUGGGCCACAGGAAGCGGUGAGCAAAUUUGUGGCCAAGUUAAAAGAGGAGGGAGUAUUUGCAAAAGAGGUUCGCAGUGCAGGAGUUGCAUUCCAUUCUUACUACAUGGCUUCCAUUGCCCCAACCCUUCUUAAUGCUCUACAGAAGGUGAUAACUGCUCCCAAGCCUCGUACUUCACGCUGGAUCAGUACAUCAAUCCCAGAGUCCAAAUGGGACAGUGACUUGGCUAAGUACUCCUCAGCUGAGUAUCAUGUCAACAACUUGGUGAGCCCGGUCUUGUUUCAGGAAGGACUGCAACAUAUUCCGAGUAAUGCUGUGGUGAUUGAGAUUUCUGCUCAUGCCCUGCUUCAGGCUAUUCUAAAGCGGAGUUUGAAACCAACCUGUCUCAUUCUACCAUUGAUGAAGCGAGGGCACAGCAAUAACCUGGAAUUCUUCUUAAUGAACAUUGGCAAAAUCUAUGCAAGUGGGGUGAACUUGGACUCCAACAAAUUAUAUCCACCUGUGGAAUACCCAAUCCCUGCCGGAACUUCCCUAAUUUCUCCUAGCAUUGUGUGGGACCAUAGCCAGAUCUGGGAUGUACCCAAAACUGAAGACUUUUCUUCUGGUUCUGGAGGCUUGGGAUCUGCCAUCGUGUUUAAUGUUGAUAUGAAUCCUGAAUCUCCUGACAGCUAUAUUGCUGACCAUUGCAUUGAUGGGAGGGUGUUGUAUCCAGCCACUGGGUAUCUGGUACUGGCAUGGCGAGCUUUGUUACGAUUGACCGGUGCUGUAAUGGAUCAGACCCCUGUGAUAUUUGAGGAUGUUGUCAUACACAGGGCAACAAUUCUACCAAAAACAGGCUCCGUACAGCUUGAAGUUCGACUGAUGCCAGCUUCAAAUAGAUUUGAAGUUUCAGAGAACAGCAACCUAGCUGUUAGCGGAAAAGUGUCUCUUCUGGAAGAAACUGCUCUAGAUGAUUUUAAGAAACAGGUAAAGACAAACUCAAAGUCUGAAGAUACAGAGACAGCAUUCCGUCUAUCUGCAAGAGAUAUUUACAAAGAGCUGCGCCUACGAGGAUAUGAAUAUGGAAAACACUUCCAAGGAAUCUUGGAAUCUAAUAAUGCUGGAGACAAAGGAAAGUUGCUGUGGUCUGGAAACUGGGUGACCUUCCUGGAUACCAUGUUACAGAUGAUUGUGGUUGGACUAUCUGGCCGCAGCUUGAGAGUACCAACCCGCAUCCGUUCAGUCUGCGUUGACCCACAGCUUCAUGAAGAGACAGUCCAACAAUACCAGGAUAGUGAGAGAAAAGCUGUGGAUGUUGUUGUAAAUCGUUGUUUAGACAACAUUGUAGCGGGGGGAGUCCAGAUCAGCGGAUUACAUGCCACCGUAGCUCCUCGCCGACAGCAGCAACAAGGAAUGCCCGUCUUGCAAGAGUUCCAUUUCUCUCCGUACUUUGAGAGUGACUGUCUGAGUGGAAGUGAGAAACUUCGCUCCUGCCUAGCACAGUGCAAAGGUUUUGUGCAGAAGCUACAGGACAAGCUGUCCAAUCACGGGCUUAAGCUUUCCUUCUCAGGCCUGCCCGCUGGUAUAACUACCUCUGCUGUGACCUCUGACUCGGAGAAAGGACUUCUGCACAUGCUCAGUGUACUGUGCGGUCUUGACCUGAAUGGGAACCUUUGGUCUGAACUGCAGCAGACAGUGGAGAGAGAAAGGGGUUGUUUGUAUGAAGACGAAUUGUUGAAUGGGUUACUAGAUAACAUGGCACUGAAAGUCUGCCUUGAUAUCUGCAUGGAAAACACUGUCAACAAGAAGAUGAAAAUUGUCGAGGUUUCAGCAGCCAGUGGAAAUCUGUACUCUCGCAUUGUCCCAAUACUGAACAAUCAGCCAAUAAUCAAUCUCGAUUACAUUGCCACUGAUCUAAAUUCCGAACUCAUGUCAUCCAGCCAGAACCAACUCCAGGAAAUGGGUGUUUCAGUGGAUCAGUGGGAUCCCGUGAAUCCUGCCACAUCGAAUCUGACCAAUGCUCAGUUAGUUGCCUGCAACAGUUCAGCGUUCCUUUUUGAGGACCCAAAGACUGUUAUCUCCAAUAUGGCAGCUGCUAUUAAAGCUGAUGGAUUUUUACUAUUGCACACACUGCUUAAAGGGGAAAUCCUUAGUGAGACGAUUGCGCUCCUUACAGGAAAAGAUCCGAAGCAAUCACAAGGGCUUUUAACACAGAGUGAGUGGGAAGAGGUAUUCAGCCAUGCCUCACUAGACAUAAUCAGCAUGAAGAAAUCUUUCUACGGCUCUGUCAUAUUUUUGUGUCGCAAAAAGACUGAACCAAAGAAUCCUAUUUUUCUCCCGGCCCAUUCAACAGAUUUUAACUGGAUUGUGCCUCUGAAAACUACUUUAGAGCAAUCUUCAGAAGAUCCUGUCUGGCUUAUUGUCUCCAACUGUGGCAAUUCUGGAAUUGUGGGGAUGGUAAAUUGUCUUCGCCAGGAGCCACAAGGGCAUAGGAUACGGUGUGUAUUUGUAACAAACUUAAUUUCGUCGUCAUCUGUUCCAUCACUGGAUCCUUCUGGAAAGGACAUGAAAACCAUUGUGGGCAAUGAUCUGGUGAUGAACGUUUAUCGUGAUGGACACUGGGGCAGCUUCCGUCACAUUCUUGUACAACAAGACCAAAAUAAAGAACAAACUGAGUUUGCCUACGUUAAUGUGCUGACCCGAGGAGACCUCUCCUCCCUCUGCUGGAUUUUGUCACCACUGCAACAUUUCAGUUCCAAGGAUCCCAAUAUUCAGCUGUGCAAAGUGUAUUAUGCAUCUCUCAACUUUCGUGACAUCAUGCUGGCAACGGGCAAGCUCCCACCUGAUGCUAUUCCUGGUGAUGUUGCUCUACAGCACUGCCUAUUGGGAAUGGAAUUUUCAGGCCGUGACCCCAGCGAAAGGAGAGUGAUGGGACUGCUCCCUGCUAAGGGACUGUCAACAUUUGUAGACUGUGACGCGCGAUUUUUGUGGGAAGUUCCAGAAAACUGGACUUUGGAAGAAGCUGCUUCAGUCCCUGUUGUCUAUGCUACUGCAUACUAUGCAUUAGUUGUGCGAGGCCGAAUGAAGAAGAACGAGAGUGUACUUAUCCAUUCAGGGUCUGGGGGCGUUGGACAGGCUGCCAUUUCUAUCGCGCUCAGCAUGGGAUGCCGUGUUUUUACCACAGUUGGGUCUGCAGAGAAGCGUGCCUACCUUCAGCAACGAUUUCCACAGCUGAAUGAGGAGUCCUUUGCAAAUUCUCGGGACACUACCUUUGAGCAGCAUGUACUGCGGGUAACUGGUGGUAAAGGAGUCAAUCUGGUACUGAAUUCAUUAGCUGAAGAGAAGUUGCAGGCCAGUCUCCGUUGCCUCGCUCGACACGGACGCUUCCUUGAGAUUGGCAAAUAUGACCUUUCUAACAACAACCCACUUGGAAUGGCUGUCUUCCUGAAGAAUAUAGCAUUCCAUGGAAUCCUACUUGAUGCCUUGUUCGAAGAUGGAAACAGUGAGUGGGAGGAGGUUUCCCAGCUCUUGAAGGAUGGGAUUCGCAGUGGAGUGGUCAAACCUCUGAAGACCACAGUGUUUGAUCGAGAUGAUGUGGAAUCUGCCUUCCGGUUUAUGGCGCAGGGUAAACAUAUCGGAAAAGUUGUUUUGAAGGUCCGAGAAGAGGAAGGCAAAUCCCCAUCUACAUACUCUGACCAACUCUCUAUUGCUGCAGUUCCUCGUACUGCAUGUCCAGCAACAAAGUGCUAUAUCAUCACAGGAGGUCUCGGAGGGUUUGGCUUGGAGUUGGCAAAUUGGCUGAUUGAGAGGGGUGCUAGGAAACUUGUGCUGACUUCCCGAUCUGGAAUACGGAAUGGGUAUCAAGCUAAGCGGGUGCGGGAAUGGAAGGAAAUGGGGGUAGAUGUCCUUGUUUCCACCAGUGAUGUUUGCUCUUUAGAGGGUACGCAGCAUCUCAUUGCAGAGGCUUCUGGUCUUGGCCCGGUGGGUGGCAUCUUCCACCUUGCUAUGGUUUUGAAAGAUGCCUUAUUAGAAAACUUGACUCCUGAUCUCUUCAAGAUUGUUAAUCGGCCAAAAUACGAUGGCACUAUUCACCUGGACAGGGUCAGUAGGGAGAAAUGCUCAGCCCUCGAUUAUUUUGUUGUCUUCUCCUCCGUGAGCUGUGGCUAUGGAGUUGCUGGCCAAAGCAACUAUGGUUUUGCAAAUUCUGCCAUGGAACGUAUUUGUGAGCAGAGAUGCCGUGACGGAUUGGCAGGUCUAGCCAUACAGUGGGGUGCCAUUGGAGAUGUGGGUGUUAUCUUGGAAACUAUGGGUGAUAAUGACACAGUAAUUGGUGGAACUUUGCCUCAGAAGAUCAGCUCCUGUUUAGAUGUUCUGGACCAGUUCCUGAAUCAGUCUCAUCCAGUUAUGUGCAGCUUUGUCCUCGCUCAGAAGGCAAUGGUUAUGAAGACUGAUGGCAGUGGCCAAAGGGACCUCAUUGAGGCUGUUGCCCAUAUACUCGGUGCACGUGAUGUUAACGGCUUGAACCCAGAUGCAACUCUUGCUGACCUAGGCCUUGACUCUCUGAUGGCAGUAGAAGUACGACAAACUCUUGAACGGGACUAUGAAAUAGUUGUGACGAUGAGAGAAAUCCGACAGCUCACCAUCAAUAAACUGCGUGAACUAGUGGAUAAAUCUAGCAGUACUGGAGAAUCAAAACCUGCUCCCCUGACGCCAAUAGACUCGCAGCUGAAAGAGUUGGACCUCAAUGUGCUACUCGUCAAUCCUGAAAGUUCAACCAUCACCCAGCUGAAUAACGUGGAGAGUAAUGAGCGCCCCCUCUUUUUUGUUCACCCAAUUGAAGGGUCAGUUGAAGCCUUCAAGACCCUUGCAUCCAAAGUCAGCAUUCCCUGCUAUGGUCUUCAGUGUACACAAGCCGCUCCCCUGGAUAGUAUUCCCAACCUGGCUUCGUAUUACCUAAGCUGCAUUAAACAGGUUCAGCCGGAGGGACCCUACAGAAUUGCCGGCUAUUCCUUCGGUGCCUGUGUGGCAUUUGAAAUCUGCACACAGUUGCAAGCGCAGGCCAGCAUGCCACGACCUGUUGAUUGCCUUAUUUUACUUGACGGUUCCCACUCCUAUGUGGCAGCAUACACUCAGAGUUACAAAGCAAAACUGACUACCGGCAAUGACGCUGAAGCAGAAACCAAAGCCAUGUGUGCGUUCGUUGGGCAGUUCACAAAUGCAGAACACAACAAGCUCUUCGAGAAGUUACUGCCUCUGGAGAACUUGCAAGCAAGAGUCAAUGCAGUUGUUGAUAUGAUCAUCACAAACCAUAAAGGCAUUAACCGUAACACGCUCAGCUUUGCAGCUACUGCCUUCUAUUACAAACUUAAAGCAGCGGAUGAGUAUGUCCCAGCAUCUAAAUUUGGUGGAAAUAUCACACUGCUGCGAGCAAAGACAACUCAUGAACUUCAGGAAGGUCUUGGUGGAGAUUACCAACUUUCAGAGGUUUGUGAUGGCAUGGUCUUAAUUCAUGUCAUUGAAGGAGAUCACUGGACUUUCCUGAAGGGGACGUCAGUGGAUUCUGUCGUCAGCAUCAUCCAUAACACAUUGGCUGAGCCACGAGUUGCCGCUCGGGAGGGUUGAAGAAAAUAUCAAAGUACUGUUAAUUUGACUCUGGUUCCUACCGCGUGGAAUAGAUUGUACAGCUAUUAAGUCUCUUCACAAAAUGAAUUUGUUGCAAAAGCUGUAAUUUUAUGUGGCUUAGUUGAAAUUCAGAGCAGUAAAUAUAGUGCUUAAUAGAGCAAAAAAAAACUGGUACGUGGCUGGACCAAUACGGGCAAACAAGGAAAAACUGACUGACCUAUUUCUGAGAUGUUCAUUGUCUAUGAGGAAAUAGAAACCAAUGAUGCUUCAGUUUUUUAAUUUGUCCAUUGGAAUAGCUUGUAAAAGAAUGAUGUAAUGUGGAAACUAUCAAAAGCAUGACCCAUUCCUCUGUAUUUUUAUGGAAGUAAUGUUUACAGUAUGGGAGAAAAGUUAUAAAAUAUUUGUGUUUUUGUGUGUGGAAUGAAAUAAAGACGGUCUUUUUUUUCCUCCCCCAGUAGUGAAGAUUGGCAUUAAAGUAAGUAUGACCAGAUUAAUCUGGAAUAAUCAGUUGUUAUGUGCCUGGUUUCAAGGCAGAAGAAAAUGAUUUUAGGAUUUGGCAAUCUCUCAUCAGUUCAUUUGGUUUGUCUGGAUUGGGAAAGUUGCUCUUUGGAAAAACCAUAAGAGUGAGGCUUUUUGUGGUAAAUGGGAAGUUGCCAUUGAUGUCCCAUUAUGACAAAUAUUGGUAGCUGCAGAAAUUUUACUUUUCUUUGACUAGUGGAACAUAGGCCAAGUGAAAUUUGAAAGACUUGAAAUUGCAUACUAUGUAAGGCAGCCAAAACAGGGUUUCAUUAAACAACCAUUGAUGCCCUGUCGCUCAUGUAAAGCAAAAACCAUAGCUAUUUUUCACAGAGAAAGCGGAAAACAUUUCAUUUUCAUACAGUUACUCCCAAGAUCCUUCUCCAACUCACUAGACAAUUAGUUCCCCUACCCCCCCCCAUUAAUUAUUUGCUAACUUCUCCAGUUUAGUAGCUGAUAUUUCUGAAGCACCCUCGGGCUAAGGCACUGAUUCUGCAGAAAAACCUGCAAAAUAAACGCACAAAGGGCCACAAAGCUUUGAGCAUUUCAUGUGGAUGGUGAACGAACCCAUUACUAUUUAAUAAACUGGAAUAUUCUGGUGAAGCAUUAGGUGCAUGUAUUGCAAGUGCCACAUUUUUCUCCCAGUAGAACCUGUAGCUGAGAUAUUUCCAAAGAGGUCAAAUUUACAGAGGGACUCUGUAAGGAUCAUGCUUUGAGUUAAUGUGACAGGUAUCUUGACAUGGAAAAAAGAACAUUCCGUGUAUUUGUGAACAUCAGCCAGUUCUGCUGUUCGAACAGUCGUUAGCAAAUGUCAUUAAAUUUCUUUCAUGUAUUUUGUGGCUUAUUUUUUUUUCCUUGGUUUUGUAAGACAGCUACCUUGGGCCAUAUUCAUGUAUGUUAUGUUUUAAUAAAAAUCAACAUCUGAAACUUGUUUAAAAUUGUUUUUCUAAAGCAGAACUAGUUGCAUUUUAAGAGUAAUUUUAGCUGGUUAGAGGUCUGAAAGGAUUGGCUGAUGUCAGUCAAUUUUUGGUUAUAUACUAAUGGCCAUUAAACUAUUUCCUCAUAAGAAUGUAAUUGAUUCCUGCCUCCUGUUAUAUCCCAGGUUUCUAGACUGAUCGUACAAGGAACACUUUAAUAUGUAUUUGAGGUGAGGCAAUGCAGUUUGUAUUAUCAACAUCCAAUAAAACAUCA